CUUUUUCUUAUAAUGUUGUGUAGUUGGAUAAUAUAGACUUAAUAGGUCUAGGAUAUGAAGAUCCUUGAACGAUUAACUUAGACGUAAUUCAGUUUUUUCUUUGUUAUAAUGUUGUGUAACGACCGAGGAUUGGAUGUGUAGUUGGAUAAUAAUAUGUAAGAUAUGAAGAUCCUUGACGAUUCUGGACUUAGUUGUACUUUGAUGAACAAUUUUAUCAGAACUUAUGAAAAAUUAUUAUGAAUUUAAUACAGGAUUGAUUUAUUCAUUUCUAUUUUCUUUUAAUUACUUCUUCAAACUUGUUGGACUGUGUUAUUUGCUGCUCCAACUCUUCUGCCUGCUUCAUUGUUACUCUUGUGAGCUCACCCAGAGAGCACAAUAUGAGUAAUUCUGAUCGUGAGUGGAUGUAUGAUAGAAUAUUGGAAGAUGGAUUCAUAAAUCCUAGAUUUAUUGACGGGGUGGAGAAUUUUAUUGCAUUUGCUAAAAGACAUCCACAAUGCAUGGACGGUGAUAUGUUAAGAUGUCCUUGUAAUCAUCGUAAGUGUCGGAAUAAAAACAUUUUAGAUGAGUUUACAAUCAUGUCACAUCUUGGGAAUUUCGGCUUUGUACCAGAUUAUUAUAGCUGGUAUCACCAUGGUGAAAGUUAUAUUCCAUAUCCAAGCAUGCUUGAUGAUCAUCAAGCAACAGCUUUGGGUGAAACUGUGAAUCCUCAAUCUCAAAAUGCAUUUCGAUCUAUGAUUUUUGAUGUUGCUGGGCCUUCUUGUGAUGGUAACUUGGAAGAGGACCCAAAUCCAACAACACAACAUCUUUAUGAUCUGCUCAAAGCAUCAGAACAGGAAAUUUGGGCGGGAAACCCACACGGACAUUCUCAAUUGUCUGUCGUUGCUCGUCUGUUGAAUCUAAAGGCAGAACAUCAUUUUUCUGAAAGGUUGUAUGAUGAGUUAUGUCAACUUCUAUCAGAAUUGAUGCCAACUGAUAACAUAAUGUCAGAAAAAAAGGAGCUUUCUUUCCUCAGAAUUUAUGAAGAUACCUUGAGACAAAUUCAACCAUAUAUUGAAGAUAGCGAGAUUGAUGCUAAACUUGAAACAGAGUUUGCAUCCUGGUUUGAGAAAUACGCACGUGAUCCUUCAUCCGGCAUUAGCAAUCAAAUCAUGAAGGAUCUUGCAGAAGGGCCUUUGCAUAAAGUUCAACCCUUUAAUGGAUAUGUAGUAAAUGGUUACAGGUUUCACACUGAAGAACACGGUUCAAGUAAAGCUACAAUGAAUAGUGGUGUAUGCAUCAAAGGCUCUAGCCACAGUGCAAACGAUAUCGAUUACUAUGGUCGGUUGAUAGAGAUUUUACAGCUUAGAAUAUCAUGCAUUACCAUUUAA